GCACAGAACAGAAGCCCAGAAAGAAAGAGAGAGAGAUUUAUUUUUUCCUAAAAAAAAAGAGAAAUAUAUUUAACAGAGAAACACGGAAAAUAAAUCAGAUAGAAAAACGGGGAAAGGACAAAAAGGAAAAACCGUCUAGGGUUGCCUUGAAUCUCUCUCUUUCCAGAUAUUAGAUAAUUAGAAAUAGAUAUGUAGGGCUUUUCAAUCGAUUCCUUCUUUAUUUUCUUACAAUUAGGGUUUUCGAAAGAGGUAAGUUGAUUUAACUGCUGGGUCUCAUUUUCUUUUCUUAUCUUUCUUGGGACAGUGGUGUUGGAGUUUGGGUUUUAAUCGACCCAACCCUGAAAUCGGUGCUUUUGGGAAUUGGACUUUUAACAUUUUACCGAGAAUCGGAGCUGGAAAAGGAUCAUUUUUUUAGCGACUCUUUCUUAACACAAUAUAUUGUAUUUUUUUACGAUCUGUAAAUAUGCGAGGAGUGCACAAAUCAAAAAGGGUUACUUGGGCAUCAGACGUUAACCUUUGUCAGAUAAGGUUGUUUCUAUCAGAGGAAUCACCUUCACAAGUUGGGGUGGGUGGUCAAGAUCACCUCCAAGCAAAAACCUCGUUGGUAUCACAUAUAAAUGGGGCUACUGGGGAUGACUUUCUGCCUCCGGGAUUCGAAGGAGCUCAUUCUACAAGUCAUCCGCAGAUUAACUUGCUAGAAAUUGCUACCAUUAAAUGGAGAUGUCCUCUAAGGUUUAUUUUGGACUUGAAUUGGCAAGUUGUUGCCGGAGAGGAAAGUGAAGAGGUGGAGAUUCAAAAUCAGAGAGAAGUGAGAGUGCUUGAAGCUGUUUAUCCUCGGCCAUCUGCAAUUCCUACAAACUCUUCUGUUUCAGCAGACGUGGAAAAUUGUGACUAUGACGAUCAGCAAACUCCUCAAAUACCCAUCACUCCUAUUGAAGAUGAGGAUGCAGCAACUGAAACUCCCAUUAGUUCACAGCCGCAGUGGUUGGCUCCUGGUAUUUUACCUCCUCUGCGUGGCAGUAUGCCAAGUGUUUCAAGUGGUUCAGCUGAUGAAAAACCUGCUUCUGGGAUGAUCCUUAAUGUUGAACCCGGUGUAGCAGCUGCUGCCUUUGCAGCAGUUAACCAAAACAAUGAAUCUGGAAACAUGAUUGAUCCUGAGUUUCUCGUUAAAAUUCUCAGCAAUCCCAGAUUGAUUGAGAAAUUAGUUACUGAUUAUGGAGUGGCUUCAGGUGCUCAAAACUUACCUGAAUCAACAUCCCCUCUGGCAACUUCUCCCAAUCCACCCCCACCUGUAAAUCUCUCCAACCCAUUUCCUGCCCACAUCAAUAGAACAGAAAAUGGUACUGCAUCCUUAUCAGCUACUUCUAGUGGAGCAUUUUUUGCUCAGCCUAAUGGGGUUGGAGUUGGACCGUCAAAUAAACAAGGUGUUACACCCAAUCCCCAUCCAAUAUCUGUUUCACCAGCUGUUGGGCUUCCCCAGAAAAAGGAUGUAAACUAUUACAAGAACUUGAUUCAGCAACAUGGAGGAGAAAGACAAGAGCCAGCUCAAAAGUUCAACAGCCGAUACAACCAGCACCUAAGACCGAACCAAGAACUAAUAAACAACACCAAAUUGAGAGAUUCUAGACCGAAGAUAAUGAAGCCUUGUAUGUACUUUAACAGUUCCAGGGGAUGCAGGAAUGGAGCCAAUUGCGCAUACCAACAUGAUACAUCUUCCCACCAGAACAGUGGGAAUAAUGUUGCGGAGGUGCCGAAUACAAAGAGAAUGAAAAUGGAUAGAGAGAUAAGCGGUUAGAAAAUACAGAGCGCAAGUAUGGUUAGAAAAUACAGAGUGCAUGUAUGCCUUUUUCACAUGCAAAAAGCGUACUGCAGCUCUAUCUUUUAUUGGCUUUGCUUAGGUUCUUUUUGGAAUUAGUAUAAUUCUAGUACUUCCUUUUUACCCCUCGCUUUGCAUCAAGCUUUUAAGAUUCAAUGGGCUAGAUAGAGAGCCUUGAUUAUCACAACCGAUUGCGGAUUUUCAUCCAUGAAGUGCAUUUUUUUGGGUUUUUUCUUUCUUUCGUCUUGCAUCGACUGCAAAUGUUGCUUACGUACGUAUAUAUUACAGUAUGACAGUUGCUCUGUCCAUACAGUUUGAUUUAUAUUACAGGGAGUAUUUUCUGCA